CAAAUGUUCAUCUAUUUGUUGAUUUGAUUGUUUCGUGAUUUGAGAAAAAUAUCAUCAAAUUAAUAACAAAUUGGAAUAGAUUUAUUUGAAUAUAUAUUUUUAGAAAGAAACUAGGAAAGGACGAUUCCACUUUACUUUUAACUGCAUCAAUAUGGCAGAAUCUGUGGUAAAUGGAGAUAAUCCGUUAGAUAUUGACGGGAACAAUUUCAAUGCCGAUUUGUACCUUGAAAAUGUCCUGAAAAGAGCUACUCUUCGGCAAAUUAUGGAUAAAGAGGCAGAGGUCGUCACGCAGAGCCAAUUUCUCCAAUCAGAAAUGCAAACUUUGGUAUAUGAGAAUUAUAACAAAUUUAUCUCAGCCACUGAGACCGUACGUAAAAUGCGAUCUGAUUUCAAAAUCAUGCAGGAAGAGAUGAACAAACUGAGUGAGAAUAUCAAUAAAAUUACUACCUUUAGCUCACAGAUUUCAGAAACUUUGAAAGAGAGUGGCAAUAAUGUGAGUAGACUUUGUGGGACAAGGCAAUUGUUAGACAAACUUCAAUUCCUUUUCUUGUUGCCGACACAGUUGAACAAAGCAAUUGACGAAAGCAGGUACGCUGAUGCUGUCCAUGACUAUACCCAUGCUCAAAGGGUGUUACAGAAAUAUGGAGACCAGCCAUCAUUUCAAAGCAUACAAACUGAAUGUUCUGAAAUAAUUUACGGUUUAAAAAAAACUUUGAGAGAUAGACUUUUAAGUCCAGAAACAUCAGCUUCAGAGUUAGCUGAGAGUGUAGGCUUAUUGAGGCAGUUACAAGAAUCAGAUUCAUCCCUGAAAGACAUUUUCUUGAGUUGCUCUGAAAGUCGACUGGAGAAACAUCUAAAGACGUUAAGUGUCAUGGUUGAGACUUCAGACAUUUUGGAAUGGGUGGAGAAAUGCAACAAUACAUUACUAGCUGACUUGGGAAUCGUCAUAUCCUGCUACCAUGACAUGUUCCAAGACAAAGAUGACACGAAUAUCCCUGAAUUUGCUGACAAGAUCAUGUUGCAAGUAUUCCAUUUGUUUGAAGAAGUUGUUAGAAAACCUGAGAAUAUUGGUACUGAAAUUUUGAUUAGAGGCUUGGACAAAUUCUUCAGGAAGUUACAGGCAAUGACUGAAAUAACUUCAAGUGAUGCUUUGUCCAGUAAAGCUGUAGAACUAGUGGUACAAUGUAUAAAUCACAAAGCGACAAUGCAGUACCAAUCCAUACAGACACAUUUUAAAGAAAACCUGAUGAAAGUCAGGCAGUCAUUAGCGAGCAAAGGCACUGAAAAUGCUGAUUUGAAGGACAUCCUUAACUCACUACAAGUGUAUCUCAUGCAGAAAGUCCAAGCUUCUCUUUUCGAUUUGAUGGCAUUCCUGCAGAAUACACUAUCUUUUGGCCUCAAACAAUGGUGCGCCAAAGCAGUAUCAGAUGCAUGUUGGAAAAUAAUCUCAGAAACUAUAGUAAACCUAUCAGAUAUAGUGAAAGCAGCCUGUUUACAGACCUCCAAUAACAACAUACCAUUUGAAUUAUUACUAGUUCUUGCUAAAUUAUGUUUGGAAAUGCAAGACAGCGGUGUGACGACGUUACACAGUCAUUUACUGAAGCUUUUGGAGGAAGCUGCUCCAGGAUUGACAGUUGAUAAUAAAGACACAAAUAGCAUUAUGGUACCUUUAUCAACUGCAGCGCAAGCAGCUCUUGAUGCUGAAGUAUUAUUCAUUGGGCAGACAGCGGCACAGAUGUUGAGGGUAUCAGUGUUAGCGCGGGAUUGGCUGCGCGCCCCGGAGCCAAGAGGGCCGAGAGCUGUAUGUCGGAGAGUCGUGGAAACUCUAGCAAGCGCAGAUAGCGCUGCGUCGCAACUAUUCCCAACAAGCGUAAAACCGUCUAGUGACUCGAGUAGACGGACUAUUUGGUCGCGAGCUCCUUCCUCGUUUUCACCAAUAAAUAGGAUAUUCUCGGAGAGGAUUGAGGUUUUUAGCCCAGCGGGUGCCGACCGUGCGGCUUUGUCGAAUGGGGCGCUGAAAGUCGCGUUGAAAGCGUUGGUAGAAUGUGUCAGGCUGCGCACUUUUGGGCGACACGGUCUUCAGCAAUUGCAAGUUGAUGUGCAUUUUUUGCAACAACGAUUGUCAUGCAUGGGGAACGACGAGCGGUUAUUAAAUGCGUUGUUAGAAGACGCGCUGGCUUCAGCUCAGUUGAGGUGUGUAGACCCUCAACUCAUGGAGCCUAGUAUUGUGGACAUAAUUUGCGAGAGAGGUUAAAAUAGUAAUUUACUGUAUUUAAGUAUUUAUUGUUGAAAAAAAUUAAUGAUACAAAUAUAUUAUUUAUUAAUUAAGACAAUCUGGUAUAUUAAUUUUAUUAUACGUCAAUAAUA